AUGCGUUUAAAUACCAAUAAAACGUAUCCUGCGUUCUUUUUGUUGGGUGCAGUCAUUGUACUAAUACCCUGUGUUGUGGUUAUUGCUCGACGUUCUAAUGAAUGUCCUGCCCAAACUACGACUUCAGCAACGUCACAUUCAGUGACAACGCCUUCGGUAACGGUACCUUCAGUGACAACACCUUCGGUAACGGCACCUCCAGUGACAACAACUUCAGUGACAUCACCUAUAGUGACGUCACCUGGAAUGACCACGCCUUCAGCAACACAAUCUCCAAUGACGACGUCACCUGGAAUGGCCACGCCUUCAGCAACACAAUCUCCAAUGACGACGUCCUCAGUAACGAUAGCAACAACAGCUCCAAUGACAACAUGGAAUGCCAGUGAUUAUCUAUCAAACAGUGAAUAUUAUCAGUUAUUGCCAAAUUCACGUAACUUUGAUCAAUCGGAUAAUCUUCGUUUGGAUCGUCUUUCAUCACCUCGAUUUCAACCAAUUGAUGGAAAAAGUAUAAUCUAUUUAAGACGACAGUAUCAUAUGCCUGAUUUACGUGGAUCGACAACAACCUUGCAUUGGCGCGACUUAGAAACGAACAAGACUCUUCAAUUGACACGACCAAUUUGGGGUAUACAUGAUCAACAAUUUUUCUGGGUGAAUAGUAAUACGAUUCUAUUUUUGUCUAAUCGAGCAUCAACAGGUCUUAAUCAAAUUUUUCAACUUAAUCUUCCAGCAGAUUUAUCAACGAGAAAUACUUCCAUUGAUCCGAUUCAAAUAACAAAUUAUCCAUUGGAUAUUGAUAAUCUUUUAGUUAAUCGGAACGCAUCACGUCUGGCAUUCAGCUGUCAAGUCUAUCCAAACUUAUCGAUCAACGAAACAGUUGCUCGACAAGCGACAGAGAAAGCUAGUGGUCGUUCGAUUUAUCAAUUCGAUAAGCUAUUCAUUCGACACUGGGAUGAAUACAUGACAGGUCCACGUCAUCAUCCAUUUCUUGUUCAGAUCGAACAGCAAAGCAAUGGAACAUACAAAUUUUUAGCAGAACCAAUUGAUAUACUUUUCAAUGUAGAUAGUGAUUCGCCAACACGACCUUUCGGUGAUGCUAAAGCUCAAUGGUCAUUUAGUGCAAGUGGUAAUUCGUUUGCAUAUACUCGACAAUAUGAUGAAAAGAGUGAAGUAGCUUGGUCAACCAAUUUGGAUAUAUAUACACUUGAUUUGAGUAUGCCUAGACAAAAUGCUACUUGUAUUACGUGCAGUAAUAUGGCAACAGAUACUGAUCCAUCUUAUUCACCAACAGAUGAUAGCAUAUUGGUCUAUCGAUCACAUUCAGUUCCCGGAUACGAAGCUGAUCAAUACAAAAUUAAAAUAUAUAACGCAUCGGAUUCGACAAUAACUGUACUCGACAAUGGGGAUCGAAGUAUUCAAGCUGUGACAUGGUCUCUCGAUGGUCAAUCUCUUUAUCUUGAAAUCGGUGAACAAGCAGAAAAUGUUAUCUACUAUUUAUCCAAUAUAUUUACGGAUCAAACAAUCGUUCCUGUAACUAGCAAUGGCACUUCGCACAAUGUCAAUAUUCAUCCUAUCGACAAUCAAACAUUUGUCUUCACACAUGAAAGUAUCCUUGAACCGGCAAAUAUCUAUUUGAAUUCGUCCGAUGGUUCGAUUCGAGCUCUCACUGACCAUAACAAAGAGCUAUUAGCUAAAGUAAAAAUGAGUACCGUAGCCGAGAAAUUUUCAUUUAACGGCUCACAGGGUGAUACAGUUUGGGGAUGGCAUGUGCCACCGGCGAAUGGCACAAACGAAUCAGCUCCACUUGCUUUUCUCAUUCAUGGUGGUCCGCAAAGUAGUUGGUACAAUGCAUGGAGCUAUCGAUGGAAUUUGCAAUCCUUUUCUUCUCAAGGUUACGCUGUCAUUGCCAUCAAUUUUCAUGGCUCGGACUCAUACGGACAGAAUUUUACCAAUAGUAUUACAGGUGAAUACGGUACUUUGCCUUAUGAAGAUCUUCAAUUAGGGCUUACUCAUGCUCUGGAAAGUUAUAGUUAUAUUGAUUCAAACCGAACUGCAGCAUUGGGCGCUAGUUAUGGUGGAUAUAUGAUCAAUUGGAUUGCUGGGAGACCAGAGAUGAGCUCUCGUUUUAAAACCCUCAUUAGUCAUAAUGGUUUGUUUGAUAUGAGAGCUAUGGGUUAUUCAACAGAAGAGUUAUUUUUCACUGAGUACGAUGCAGGAGGUUUCACUCUAUGGAAUAAUCCCAAUGCUUAUGAACUUCAUAAUCCAGUCAAGCACGUUGCAAAUUGGACAGUGCCAAUGUUAGUUAUUGUUGGUGCUCGUGACUAUCGUGUACCAGAAACACAAGGAAUUGGUGCCUUUACAGCUUUGCAACGCCGUGGUAUUGAGAGUCGAUUACUGUAUUUUCCCAGCGAAAACCAUUGGGUACUAAAUCCACUACAUUCCAUUGCCUGGUAUGAACAAGUACUCGGCUGGAUGCGCAAAUGGACCAGCUAA